AACCGCUCUCAAAGUAUCAUCACAACGCCGUAUAGGCUAUUGUAAAUUGUUCACUCAGUCGCUUUGACACGGAGUUGUGGACGCUAAAACGCCUAACGCCAUUGGCUCUAAAUUCAGUUAUAAUCUUAACCUAUCCGAUCAUUCUAACCAUUGUCCAUUAUCGUCUCAGGCUUCCCGCUAUAGUUUACUGUUUGUUCAUCUCAAAUACUUGUCGCUGCGAGUUUUAAUUGUUUACUGUUGUAAGCCGCGAGUUUUUCAGUUAGCUACUGUUGUUACCGUUUAUUUUUACUUCGUUUACCGCCGACACCACAGAGUUCCUUAAACCACGAGAACACCGUCCGUGGUAAGUAGCCUACCAGUAACGCUGCGUGUGAGCGCCCGAAAAGAACUUCAAUCCAUUUGUACACAAAACUCCCAUAUCAACCAUGGCAGCCGCCAUUGCUGGAGUGUUCCAACCCGAAAUGCAAAAUCUCAUCAAAGAGUCCAAGGUAUUGUUAGUGGGCGCGGGUGGCAUUGGCUGUGAGGUUCUCAAGAACCUCGUGUUGACGGGUUUUAGCGAAUUGGAGAUUAUCGAUUUAGACACCAUAGAAGUUAGUAACUUAAACCGGCAGUUUCUAUUCAACAAGGAGUCUGUGGGAAAAGCCAAGUCACAUGUCGCCAAAAUUAGCGUACUAAAAUUCAACCCAAAUGUGAAUAUCACUUCACACUUGGGUGACAUUAUGGACACUAAGUAUGGUGUGGCAUUUUUCAAUAAGUUUAAAUUGGUCAUAAAUGCUUUGGACAACAAGAAGGCACGUAGCCAUGUGAAUCGUAUGUGCCUGUCAUGUGAUAUCCCACUCAUUGAAUCUGGUACGAUGGGUUAUAGUGGCCAAGUAGAAUUUAUCAAGAAAGGAGUAAGUCUUUGUUAUGAAUGUUAUCCAAAAUCUGAACCUAAGUCGUAUCCAAUGUGCACAAUCAGAAACACACCUAAAGAACCUAUUCACUGUAUUGUAUGGUCCAAGUUCUUAUUUGGACAAUUAUUUGGAGAAUCGGAUGAAGACGUGUCCAUGGACGAGGCUAUUUCUCAAGACAGCUCAGAAACAAUGUCAGCCCGCAAUUGGGCUAUUAAAAAUGAAUAUAAUCCAAGAAAAUUGCUUAAGAAAGUUUUUUAUGAUGACAUUCAAUACUUGUUGAGUAUGGAACAUCUAUAUGUGGAUAAAAAAAUUAAACCAGUACUUUUGGAUGAAGCACUUUUUAAUCAAGAACGUGUAGAGUACAGCCACGUACCUGACAGUGAACUGUUAACUCUCAUACAAUGUGUAUCAAUGUUUUUGGAUUGUAUAACACCAAUUAAACAAAAAUUAGAAGCAUCCAAAAAUAGAUGUUUAGUCUGGGAUAAAGAUGACGAUGACUUUAUGAAUUUUGUUGUAUCAAGUAGCAAUAUUCGUUCAGCGAUUUUUAACAUACCAUUUAAAAGUCACUUUGAUAUUAAAUCAAUGGCAGGAAAUAUUAUUCCUGCAAUAGCCACAGCAAAUGCUAUAAUUGCUGGACAAAUUGUAAUACAUGCUUUGAGAAUUUUAAGAGGUAAAUAUGAACGGUGUCAAAGCGUAUUUUUAAGAGGUAUGCCUAAUCACAAAGGUGCAGUUCUUGUCAAAGACAAAUUUCUUGAAAAACCAAAUCCAAAAUGCAUGGUGUGUACUACUGAUGGAGAAAUUAUAUUAUCUACUGAUAUAAACAAUUUGACCGUGAAGCAAUUUGAAGAAUUAGUAUUAAAGAAAAAAUUAAACGUGGUAGCACCUGAUGUUUUGGUAGAUGGUAGAAUGAUAAUUUCUAGCGAUGAGGCUGACGAGGUCGAUUUAUAUGAAAAAACUCUAGCAGAAGUUGGUGUGAGUCAUGGAUCUAGAUUUAGCGUUGAUGAUUAUUUCCAAAAUUAUAGUAUCAAAAUCAUGUUGUUUCAAAAAGAAAAAUCUGAGGAAGAAGAUCCAGAUUUUGAAAUUUUUGGCAAUUUAGAAGAAAUGAAUAAAGCAAAUAAAUUAAAGAACAAUAUAGCUGAAGCUGAGGAAAAUGAUGAAGAUUGUUUAAUUGAGAAGGAUGAAAGUAGCGCUGAUAAAGUAGAUGGUGGCAAGUUAAAAAGCAAUGAACAAGCACAGGAUAUGAAUACUGACAAAGAACAAGCUGAUGAUUCAAUAAUUAAGGAGGAUAUAAUGGAUAGUGAUCCAGAAGUUGUCGAGAUGGAUCAAGAAAUCAGUAAUGAAGAGAUAUUGGCUACUAAAAGAAAAGCUAAUGAAGCAAUUGAAGAUGUUAACGGAGCUAAGAAAAGUCGUAUUGACUAAAAUACUAUUUAUAGUUACUAUUAACAGUAAAUUUGAACUUCAUACAACUUAAUAAUAUAUACAUUUAUAAACACGUAACAAUAAUGUUGAUAAAACUAUUUUAAUGUUCCUUUUUAGUAAUACUGCUGUAAUUUUCAUAUUCUUUUAAUCAGACUACAUUAUUAUUAACUACAACAAAAUUUGUAUUUUCAUGAUUGUAUUACCUAAUAAUUAUUAUUUUUUU